UCAAGAUCGUGGAGUUCGCCAAGCGCCUCCCGGGCUUCACCGGCCUCAGCAUGGCCGACCAGAUCACCCUGCUGAAGGCUGCCUGCCUGGACAUCCUGAUGCUGCGGAUCUGCACGCGCUACACGCCGGAGCAGGACACCAUGACCUUCUCGGACGGGCUGACCCUGAACCGCACCCAGAUGCACAACGCGGGGUUCGGGCCCCUCACCGACCUGGUCUUCGCCUUCGCGGGGCAGCUCCUGCCCCUGCAGAUGGACGACACGGAGACCGGGCUGCUCAGCGCCAUCUGCCUCAUCUGCGGAGACCGGCAGGACCUGGAGGAGCCGGAGAAGGUGGAGAAGCUGCAGGAGGAGGCGCUCAAGGUCUACGCGCGGCGGCGCCGGCCCCACCAGCCCCACAUGUUCCCCCGGAUGCUGAUGAAGAUCACGGACCUGCGGGGGAUCAGCACCAAGG